UACACAUUGUGGGGCGGAUCUAGUGUCUGUUGUCUGAGCCCCGGCGUUUUUUCCAUCCUUUUGUUUUUUAAACUGAACUAAAACAGAAGUAUAACACCACAUAUUUUAAACCCAGUCACAGCUCGGACAGCUUUUUAUCCGUCUGAUCCCCGUGAACCGUGGACACUUUGCUCUUUGGCUGCUGCUCAGGGGCUUUGGAUGCCCUGAAUUUCGCACUGGGAUUUACGGAGAAACCGGUUGUACGGGACGUUCUUCAGAGGCCACUGGUGUCAUUUGAUCAUUUCUGGGAAUAAACUCUAGAGGAUUUUAUUAGCUAAAAAUAUGGAGUUCGACUGUUACCAGCACUAUUUCUUCGAUGAUUUCGACACCGAGGAGGAUUUUUACAAGUCAACCGCACCAAGCGAGGACAUAUGGAAAAAGUUCGAGCUGCUGCCCACCCCUCCCAUGUCUCCCACCCGAACUCUUAGCGGUGCUGCCGUGCACCUCUCACCGGGAGACAAGCUCAGCUGGCUGUCCAAGGUGCUGGGUCAGGACGAGGAGUGUGAGGGUCAGUUCAUCCCAGAUACGGAGGAGCUUUUCGGCAACCUUAGCUCCAUCAUCAUCCAGGAUUGCAUGUGGAGUAGUUUCUCCGCCAGUAAGCAGUUGGAGAAGGUCAAUGGGAGACUGUCAGCUGCGGCGCAGACCGGUGCCUCCCCGCUGGCUCAGAUCUCCGUGAGACCGAGCAAAGCGCAGUGCGUCUCGCCCACUGGCCCGCUCGCUGCUUCGGCGACAGACUGCGUCGACCCCGCGGCUGUUCUCACCUUCCCGGCAAACAGCUGCAGGAAGCCGGCGUCGUCUGGCUCCGAGUCUCGCUCUGAUUCCUCUGAUGAUGAAGAGGAAAUCGACGUGGUCACUGUGGAGAGCAAGCAGAACCGGAUGCGACUGGUGAAUGUCAGAAAACCGGUCACCGUCACAGUCCGGGCCGACCCCUGCCCCAAGCGCUUCCACAUGUCUGUCCACCGGCAGCAGCACAAUUACGCCGCCCGAUCCCCAGACAGCGAGCCAGAACCUGAGGAUGAUGAGGAAGAUGAGGAAGAGGAGGAGGAAGAGGAGGAGUAUGAGGAAGAGCCUCAAAGCAAACGUGCCUGCAUGGCAUCCAAUCAGCAUCCAGGCUCUUCAGCUCGUGGGUCCCAGCCUGCCUCCCCCUCAGAGACUCCCCAAAACUCAGACACAGAGGACACAGACCGCAGAAGGAACCACAACUUCCUAGAGAGGAAGAGGAGGAACGACCUGCGGUCUCGUUUCCUCGCCCUACGGGAUCAGAUCCCCGGCCUGGAGUCGGCCAAAACUCCAAAGGUGGCCAUCCUGACCCAGGCAACAGAGUACCUCAUGGAGCUGCACACCAGGGAGAAACGGCAGCUCCAGGAGAAGAAGCGCCUCAAAUCCAGACAGCAGCAGCUUCUCCGCAGAUUAACUGAACUGAAGCGCUCUUGAGACUCAAAAAAAAGUGUGCUUUUGAAAUGAACUGCCUCAUUCACAGUCAAGAACUUUGCUAAGUUACCUGUCACUUUUGAAAAGCUACAGUUUUUUAUAUAACGACAUGCCUCAUGUAAAUAGCCGUGAAAUAAAUUCUGUUUGUAAUUCAUAUUGCUGUGGGCUUCCAAUGAAUUGACUGUGCUGGCCUGUGAACCUGUUAAUGGGGAGGAGCAGUUAGAUCCCAGUGUGCUGUGUUUUUUUUUUUUUUUUUUUUUUUUUUUUUUCCCACAGUGUUUUUAGUUUUGAACAGGGCGGGUAAAUGAAUUGAAUUUUAUAGCUAUGACCAAGAUAUUUCCUGGUAUGCUGUGAUGGGAAUUGAGACAAGUUGUUUGUUAAUAGUUUACCAGUGUGAUAGUGAACCUGUGUAGCCUUCAGGAUGUGCGUGGAAGUUGGCUCAGAGGUCUUCAUUGCACACUUACAAUGGAGUGAAGUGUGAAUGUCUUUCUGUGUACAUAAGAGUGCAUAAGUACAUAAGUUUGUAUGACUGAUUGUUUGAUGUACAAAUUGUUAUGUAAAUAAUAGCUUAUCGCUCCUGGUGGAGGAGACAAAAUCAAGAGCUGUCAUCGGGUAUUGCCCCUCUGUAAUGUGCCACCAGGCACAGAGGAGCCUCUAUUUUGUUAAGAAAAUAGGAAAAUGGACAAAAAAAGUAGCACUGCUGUACUUUAUAUUCACACGUCACUUUGUGAUUUCAAUGCUUCUCCUGAUUUUGGUUGAUUUUUUUUUUUUUUUUAAAGCAUGCUAACAUCAACAGCAACAUAAAAUUUUUAUACCAUG